AUGUCUAGAAAAGGAGUGGGGCUUGCUGCCUUCGACAGGUCUCGUCUCACUUCAGCUCAAUAUGCCACCCAUGGGAACAACCUACGGACAUCUCAUUCAACAUCACUUGCAACGCAACUUUCAGUCUUCCGCUCUCUCUUACAACAGUUCGCUCAAACUCAUGCCAAAGACAUACGCUCUAAUCCCACCUUCCGAGCCGAAUUUGCUCGCAUGUGCUCAGCUAUCGGGGUGGAUCCUUUAGCAAGCAGUAGCGGGGCUGGUGGUAAAGAUGGAGGGGGGAGUUUCUGGGCACAGUUGCUUGGUGGAAGUGUGAAUGACUUCUAUUUUGAACUUGCCGUAAGAGUUGUUGAAGUGUGUGGAGCAACGAGAGAAGAGAAUGGAGGCCUUAUUGGAGUCAAAGAAGUCAGAGACCGAAUAAUGAGCACCAGGCCCGAAGGCAGUGCAGAGAUUACGGAUGAUGAUAUUCUUCGUGCUGUUGAAACUCUCAAGCCAUUAGGGUCUUCCUACUCAACACUGAAAGUCGGUCACAAGACCUACAUUCGCUCUGUACCCAAAGAGUUGAACACUGAUCAAAGUGCUGUAUUGGAAGCUGCUCAAGUGCUAGGCUACGUUAGUGUUUCGAUGCUGAUGGUAAACCUACGCUGGCCGAGAGCAAGAGCAGCAACUGCUAUCGAUGAUCUUGUGUCAGAAAGUAUGCUUUGGGUCGAUAAGCAGUGCGAUGAAUACGAGUAUUGGAGUCCUGGCUUUAUGCUUGAAGUCCAGGAUGAAGGCAGUCUUGGCUGA